AUGUCUUCGACGAAGAACAGACACAUCUAUCGCGCUCUCGAGCCAAACGAAAGUCGGCUCGUGCACCUCGCGUCAGGCGAGCACAAUGAUGCUAUCGUCUGUACACUCGAUUAUUUCGACACUCGAAGCCCUCCAACAUAUGAAGCACUCUCCUACGUUUGGGGCGACCCGAAGAUUACGGCACCCAUCGAUGUCAACGGACACACGCUGCAAGUGACAACCAACCUCGAAGUUGCGCUCAGACACUUGCGACUUCCUAAAGAAGAUCGGGUGCUUUGGAUCGAUGCUAUAGUCAUCAAUCAGCUAGAUUUGGCCGAACGCGCUCAGCAGGUCGCGCUUAUGGGAGAUGUCUAUAGCAAGGCCGCGUCGGUAAGAGUGUGGUUGGGGCCCGCCGACGCGUACACUACAAUCAUCUUCGAAUGGAUCAGAGGGAAGAAACUGCGGGAACUGUAUUCGCUCAAGUUCGCGUGGAACCUUCGUGCCCCUUUGUUAGAACCUCGCGGUGGUCAGCAGAGGUCUUUGUGCGGAUCCCGAACUAUGUAUCAGGCUAGAGAGAUCUUCUUUCGGACUGAAAACUCUGGUCUCCGAUGGCACCUGACACGGGAUAUACCCCUAUCUAUCUCCGCAUUCGCUUCGGUGCAACUUAUCCGAAGAGAUUGGUUCUCAAGACGAUGGUGCAUCCAAGAGCUUGCGCUAGCUGAAAACACCAUUGUACAAUGCGGUGCAGAAUCUGUGCAGUCGAUUGAUUUGGCUGACAUCAUUUCCAACUUUUAUACCACGAGGACAGAAAUGUUUGAUUUCAAAUUUCCUGAUAUUGCAAAGCUCAUAUCUAAGGCCAACGCCAUUUCGAAUUCGGGGUAUCUUUUGAUCCCGUCGAAUUAUGAUAGAACACCACUUACAGAACUUCUAUUUAAUUUCCGACACUGGCGCAAUGGGGACCCUAAAGAUACUGUAUACGGACUACUCGCGAUCGCCCAACAUGGGUCGAUAGCCAUCGAAUACACGAAAUCGGAUAUCGAAGUCUUGAUUGAUGUGUUCAACGACAAUCUUUACCAUGCAAAGCACAUAAAUCUAGUCGGGGUACCUUGGGCUCCGAAUAUCCCCGGCCUACCAUCAUGGAUAGUUCCAACGGAAGAUGGCUCGCGCUGUAAAAAUGAGGACAGAUUCCUCUUUGAGUUACUAGAUCCGGUCGAUACCUCGAGUGCUCCUUUGGAGUGGACAACAAAUGCAAGGAUAGCCCGUCAGAACGAAGAUGCCCUUCCACCCGUUGCUUUCCCAAGCUAUACUUUGUUUGCGAACGGUAUCACGCUCGAAAUGUGGGGCGAAGCAGCAAAGUUCUCCGACGAAGACUUCCCCCCGGGUGAAUUCAAAUCGACUCAUGAUCAAUUCGCAAUCUUCAAGAGAGAUACGCGACAACAAUACGAGGCUACCAGAGAGCUAGGUGAUAGAGUGGUCGUGCUAUUUGGUUGUAACCAUAUUCUGUUGCUGAGGCCGGUGGAAGUAGGGUUUACCCUCGUUGAGGUUUGGCUGGGUAGAUUUUGGAUUGUCAUCCAUCUAGAUUAUUAUUGGAAAUACCCAGAAGAGGAUACCCGGGAACCUUUUCGACGCAAACUCAAGGAGCUGUUGCGUGCCUCACCGACAGAGACAUUUGCUAUUGUGUAA